AUGAGAGAAGAGAAUGUGAUUGGGGAGGAAUUGCAGAGUGAACGAUUCCAGUCAAAGUACAUUCAUAUUUUCCCACUGUAUCAGGAUUACUGUCUGCAGACAAUGAAAGAUGAUCUCCACAGACUCAAAGACGGUUUGUUGUCUGAACUGAUAACUCCCAAGUAUCUGCAAAGCCUGCAGACACCGGUGACUCGUGCUGAAAGCCCUCAGCGAAGCGCUCGUCAUGCAACUCCUCGAUCUCAGCCUAUUAGGGUGACUCCAAGUACACUCUGGCAAGACCUGGAUGAGGUGAAGACAUCUGGUCUACUCAGCAGCUUGACAGCCAGAGAGAUUCGCCUUCAAGAGACCAUGUUCGAGCUCAUCGGCUCAGAAGCAUCUUACCUAAGGAGCCUCGGCGUGGCCGUAAAUCACUUUUAUAAGUCACAGGAACUCAAGCAGACUCUGUCUCAAACAGAACAUCACAUCUUGUUUUCCAAAAUUCAACACGUGAUGGUGGCCAGUGAAAAGUUUCUUACGGAUUUGGAAAGCCGACUGGGAGAGAACGUGUUGAUCUCUCAGGUUGGCGACGUCAUCCUCCAGCACUGCAAACAUUUCCAGACUCUCUAUGUGCCGUAUGUGACGAAUAUGAUGUACCAAGAAGCCCUUAUGAAUGAAAAGCUGCAGCACAACAGAAUUUUUCUGUAUACCCUGAAGAAACUCGAGAGUGACCCGGUGUGUCAAAGAAAGACCCUCAAGUCCUUCCUCGUCCUUCCCUUCCAGAGAAUUACUCGCAUUAAGCUUCUGUUGGAGAGCAUCCUAAAACUGACUGAGCCAGACUCUGACUCAGUUUCAAACCUUAAAAAAGCAAUAGACGCCAUUCAUGAGAUAGUGACAGAGUGUGACAAGGGGGUCCGAAAAAUGAAACAGAUUGAGGAGCUGGUCUGCCUCGAAAUGCUGCUGGAUUUUGGAAAAGUUAAGUCAGUUCCUCUGGUCACAAGCAAGCGUUUCCUGGUGCACCACGGAGCCCUGAAACAGCUGACCAAGGAGAGCACUUAUAAAUUAAGAAUGUCAUUCGUUGGCGUCUACCUCCACCUCUUCAAUGACCUUUUGAUCGUCUCUAUGAAAAAAGAUGAGCGCUUUAAAGUAAUGGACCAUGCUCAAUUCCCAGAACACGUGAGCGUUCAGCCUGUGAAGACUGAAGUCCUGGGUCUGCCCUCAUGCUCCUUCCUGCUACAUCUCUCUAAAACUCAAACUGGACAUCCGACUGCAAUGAUAAUCGCUACAGACACAAGGUCGGAGAAAGAGGCAUGGAUGAAGGCGCUGUCAUCGAGACACUGA